GAUGACAGUGAUGUAGAAUGGAAGUUUGCUCGCUCUAAACUUUGGUUAUCGUAUUUUGAUGAUGGAAAAACAUUACCUCCACCAUUCAGUCUUGUACCAAGCCCCAAAUCUUUUUUCUAUUUCAUCAUGAGGAUCAUUAACUUUUCUAAGUGCAGGAGGAGACGACUACAGAAGGACAUUGAAAUGGGAAUGGGAAAUUCCAAAUCUAGGUUAAACCUGUUCACUCAGUCGAACUCUCGAGUUUUCGAAUCACACAGUUUUAACAGCAUUCUCAAUCAGCCAACACGCUAUCAGCAAAUAAUGAAAAGACUGAUAAAACGUUAUGUUCUGAAAGCACAAGUGGACAAAGAAAACGAUGAAGUAAAUGAAGGUGAACUGAAGGAAAUCAAACAGGACAUCUCCAGUCUUCGCUACGAACUUCUGGAGGAUAAGUCCCAAGCAACAGAAGAGUUAGCAAUUUUAAUACAUAAACUCAGUGAGAAACUAAAUCCUAAUAUGCUGAGAUGUGAAUGAUUAAAGAAAGGAACUGCGGCUUCGAUUACAGCACAACUAUUUACUGGCAAUAAUAUUUCAGUAUCUUAUACUUGAAAAAUGUAUUGUAGAUUUUUAGCACUAAAUAACUUUAUGUACAGCUUCUCUGGAAUUUAGUCUUAGGAAAUUUUAUUAACUCACCACAAAAAAAAAUUUGCUCUCUUUGUUUUAAUUGUCUAAAAGCAAGAACUAUCUUAAUUUAAUUAUCUUAAUUUUUUGGUUUUGCAUUUAUGCAUUAAAAGGUGUAACGGUAUGAAUUGCUGGUAUGUUAACAGGUGUGUGAGUACAUGUUGAGAAUCCUUUGCACUAAAUUUGCAAGAAAAAUUGUAAAUAACAGGUACAGCCCGGGACUGUGUUCCUUGCAGCAACUGGGUACGACUAGGAUUUUUUAUAAUGCCAUAAAUGGACUAGA